GCGGCUUAUGCUGAGAUAUUUAAAAAGAGAACGUUUGUUUAUCUAUGUCUAAAAUAUUUAUGUAAUCAAUGAGGUGGUUGUAGUCUUUUUUAAGUCAUCUGUUAAUCUUAACUGGAAGGCGACAUGCAGCAGCAGGGUUCUACCUUGCGGUGCCAGCGCGUGUCCCCGUGAAAGCACACCGAUUCCGGGAGGAUGCUACGAGUUCGCGCGAAGAUGAAUGAGGUUAGUCGACAUAUAGACAUGAGACACAAGCAAGCCUGCAUCGACUUGGAGAAGGCCACCCAGUACAUCACACAAGCAUUACAGCAUGAAGUAGGUCGGAACCAGGAGCUCUGCAUGUUGAUUCGUCGUCUGGAGGAAAAGGAGGCGGAGACUGGGCGGAGCCUAACAGAGCAGGUGGUGUCGAACAAGCAGCUGAAGCUGAAGAUUAAUGAACUGCAGAAACACCUGGAGGAGAAGGACCACUCACUGACACAGGCCAACCAGACUGUGGCUUUCCUGAAGAAUGAGCUAAGGGACCUGCAUCAACAUCUGCAAAGCCAGCCAAGUAAUAGGACGGCUCAGGAAGUGAAUGAGUGGCCAGAGGAUGUAGAGAGCCAAAUCAAGCCAAUCAGGAGUCUCAGCUCUCCUCUCCAAUCAGAACAGCUGACGGCUGCUGAGGAGCCGCUGGUCUGGUCAGAACAGCUGAAGUCGUCUGAUGAUCAGAUUCCGCUGGUCUCGUCUGACGGUCAGAUUCCGUUGGUCUCGUCUGACGGUCAGAUUCCGCCGGCCUCGUCUGACGGUCAGAUUCCGCUGGUCUGUGAAAGAAGAAAGAAGAUUAAAGACGAAAAUGCUGCUCCUGGAUAUGAAUUGUGCAGUCAGUCUGAGAGAGCUGACCCCAGAGUGGAGUGCACUGUUCCUUCACCAGCAGACAUUAAAUUUGAACAGAUCCAGACUCUGCUGGUCACGUCUGACGGUCAGAGGCUGCUGGAGGCUCCAGUCUCUGAAGAUGAAGAAGAUGAUGGUGGUGAUGAUGAAGAGUAUGGAGAGUACAGCCAUUCAGAGAGAGCUGACCCCAGAGUGGAGUACACUGUCCCUUCACCUGAAGACAUGAAAGUUGAACAGAUCCAGAUGCUUCUUUCCAGUAAGGAGAAGAAUGCCCGUUUACAGAUGCGUCUUUCCAAUAAGGAGAAGACUGCCCGAUUCCGUGCAAAGAUCCGGGCGGAUCCGGCUGCUAGGGCAGCCAGUCUCGCAAAGAGGAGAGAAAGGGAUUCCGAAGUUGACAUGGCACCCAAGAAGGGUGGGGGUAAGACCAAGGCCCAAGGAGCCCCUGCAGCCAAGGCCAAGACUCUCAAGAGAGCCAAAGCCCAAGGACACCCUGAAGACCAGGCUAUAGCGCCCAAGAAAGCCUCCACCCUGGACCCAACAUCUGGCUCUGCUGCCCCGUCCAGCUCAUCUCCCGCAAGCAAUACAGCCCCUCCACCCUGCUCUUCUACAGCAACUUCUGCCCAUCUAUGGAGCACUGAAGACGAAACUACAUUUCAUUCAGUGCUCAGCCUACUGAGAACAUGCUCUGGGCAUCGUCUUGUCAGGUACCCCAUUACUGUGGAGGAGCUGAGGAGGAGGACAUCUCCUCCCGAGAGUAUGUCCUUACACACGGUGACCGCGCUCCUGAGAACGAAUAAGAACUUAAAAAGGGAACUCAGGCAGCAGCUACGGGAGAUGGGGGUGACUCCGAGCCCAGCGACAAGAGUCACCUCCCUUUGCUCGAAACUGUCGGAGGGAGAAGCAAAGGACCUCUGCUCCUCCCUCUGGGAAAUGGCUGCCAGGGGCAUCGAUUUUGAUGACAUCAGUAUGCUUCCUGCCUCCAGCCUCACUAUGGCGACAGGCAGAGCAGUUGAAUUUAAAGAGCAACUGCAGCACCUGGCAACACAAAUCGCACAGAGCAACGACUUCACUCUGUUAACUCACAAUUUGGGGCCUGGAAUGGUCCAGGUUGUGGCCGAAAUCAUGGUCAAAUGUGUAGACUCAUGUAUUGCAAAAUUUUAAAUUGGAGUUAAAUUUGUGUGUUCUGUUCUGGUUUUGUUCGGGGUUUUUUGUAUUUACAUUCAUUAAAUAACUGUUCCUCA